GGUGGUCAGAGCGUUGGACUAGUUAACUGUAAGGUUGCAAGAUUGGAUCCCCCAAGCUGACAAGACAGACAGACAGACAGACAGACAGACAGACAGACGCUAGCAAAGGCCCAACCAUGCAAGCCCAGCAGCUCCUGAAUCAGCUGCGCUUCCCCGAGCUGGAUGAGGUGCGGCAGUACCUGCGCAGUCUGUCCACACACACGUUGGUGGGUGUGGGGGCAUUUGCUGCUCUCACAACCUACUGGUACACCACCCGGCCCAAGGCCCUGAAGCCACCAUGCGACCUGAAAAUGCAGUCCGUCGAGGUUCCGGGAGGAGAGUAUGCCCGCCGAUCAGCGCUGAUGGACAGCGACAAACACAUGACCCACCUGUACAACGACGCCAAGACCAUGUAUGAGUUCUUCCUCCGGGGCGCACGGGUCUCCAACAAUGGUCCCUGUCUUGGAGCAAGACAACCAAGCCAGUCCUAUGAGUGGCUGUCAUACUCCGAGGUAGCAGAGAAGGCAGAGAACCUGGGCUCAGCGCUGCUCCACAGGGGACACACUAAAACCAAAGACCAGUUCAUUGGCAUCUUCGCUCAGAACCGACCAGAGUGGACCAUCGCUGAGCUGGCCUGCUAUACCUUCUCCCUGGUGGCUGUGCCCCUGUAUGACACUCUGGGCACUGAGGCGAUCGCCUAUGUCAUCGACAAGGCCAACAUUUCCAGCAUACUGUGUGACGUUCCUGAGAAGGCCAGGCUGGUCCUGGAGUGCGUCUCUGGCAGCGAGCACCGUGUCAGAACCAUCAUCCUCAUGGAGCCCUUUGAUGAUGAGCUGGUGGCCAAGGGGAAGGACUGUGGCAUCGAAAUUCUCAGCCUGAGCCAAGUGGAGGCUAUCGGCAAGGCCCACCACCACCAACCAGUUCCUCCCAGUCCUGAAGACAUGGCUGUUGUCUGCUUCACCAGUGGAACCACAGGGAACCCAAAGGGAGCCAUGCUGACACAUGGAAAUGUUGCUUCCAACUGCUCUGCCUUCAUCAAAGUCAUUGAGGAUCACCUCAUAUUAGACCACCACGAUGUUCAUAUAUCCUACCUGCCCCUUGCUCAUAUGUUCGAGAGAGUUGUAGAGGGAGUCAUUCUGGUGCAUGGGGGGAGGAUUGGUUUCUUCCAGGGAGACAUCCGCCUGCUGAUGGAUGACAUCACCACCUUGAGGCCUACAGUGUUUCCUGUGGUGCCACGCCUCCUCAACAGGAUGUUCGACAAGAUCUAUGGGCAGGCUAACACCUCUCUGAAGAGGUGGGUGCUGGACUUUGCCUUUAAAAGGAAAGAGGCUGAGCUGCUCAGUGGCAUCAUUAGGAGGGACAGCAUCUGGGACAAACUCAUCUUUAGGAAAGUGCAGGCCAGUCUGGGAGGACGGGUGCGUCUGAUGAUAACAGGUGCUGCCCCCGUGUCUGCCACGGUGCUGACGUUCCUGCGAGCCGCGCUGGGCUGCCAAUUGUAUGAGGGGUAUGGACAGACUGAAUGCACAGCGGGCUGCACAAUGACAGUACCAGGGGAUUGGACAGCAGGUCAUGUUGGAGCGCCCUUGCCGUGUAACUCGGUGAAGCUGGUCGAUGUGGCUGAGAUGAACUACCUUGCUGCCAAUGGAGAGGGAGAGGUGUGUGUGAAAGGAGCUAACGUGUUUCUGGGCUACUUGAAGGACCCAGAGAAGACGGAGGAGGCCAUUGAUGCUAAUGGCUGGGUCCACACAGGGGACAUUGGCAAGUGGUUACCGAACGGCACUUUGAGAAUUGUGGACAGGAAGAAGCACAUCUUCAAGCUGGCCCAGGGAGAGUACAUUGCACCAGAGAAGAUAGAGAAUAUCUACACCAGGAGUGACGCAGUGGCCCAGGUCUUUGUGCAUGGGGACAGCCUACAGGCAUGCCUAGUAGCCAUCAUUGUGCCAGAUCCUGACUUCCUUCCUGGCUGGGCCAAGAAGAGAGGACUGGAGGGAUCCUACGGAGACCUAUGCAACAACAUGGAUGUAAAGAAGGCCAUCUUGGAAGACCUCUUGAAACUAGGAAAAGACAGUGGUCUGAAAUCUUUUGAGCAGGUGAAGGACAUCACCCUGUUCACAGAGAUGUUCUCUAUCCAAAAUGGACUUCUCACUCCCACCCUGAAAGCCAAGAGAGCAGAACUCCGGAACUACUUCAGGGAGCACAUCGACAAACUCUACUCCAAGAUCAAGAUGUGAACAGUGGGAGGACGGAAGGUAGGGUGUAACCAGAGCUGGUAGAAGAGUUCUUCUAUGAAACUGAUUGAGGACAUGUCUGUGAGGUCUGGUCUAUGGAUACACUUUACCCUGUAUGACCAGUUGCUCUCUGUCUGAAUAGGAACAAAACACAAUAGGAUCAUUAGGGAAGAAUAAACUGUUCUUGAUGUCACCCUCAACUGUCAGUAAAUGAUACCACAUAGCAUCAGUACUGUAAAUAAUACCAUAUACUGGUAUAUAGCAACUGUCAGUAAAUGAUACCACAUAGCAUCAGUACUGUAAAUAAUACCAUAUACUGGUAUAUAGCAACUGUCAGUAAAUGAUACCACAUAGCAUCAGUACUGUAAAUAAUACCAUAUACUGGUAUAUAGCAACUGUCAGUAAAUGAUACCAUACCUCAUUAGUCUUCUCGUGUACAGUACAAGCGACACACCUGGCUCUCAUUUUUCAGGGCUUCCAUUUCCAAAGCUUGUCUAUCUAUCUUGCUACUAGUUGAGUAUUGUGAGCACGUCAGUCAUCUUAGUUGUCAAUUGGUGAUGUUCAAUAGGUCAAGUGAAUGAGGUACCAGUAAACCACCACGGUCCAGUGCCAUCAUGUAUAUUACUAAUCAAAUCACGUUUUACAUGUGUCAAAUACAACAGGUGUAGGUAGAUCUUACUGUGAAUUGCUUACUUACGAGCCCUUAACCAAUGAUGCCAAGUUUUUUUUUUAAGUAUGAAAACUUUGCUAAAUAAACUAAAGGAAAAAUAGUAACACAAUAGAAAUAACAAUAACAGGGCUAACAAUAACAAGGUCAAGAGUCAAUGUGCAUGGGUACAGGGUUAGUCCAGGUAAUUAAGGUAAUCGGUACGUUUAGGUAGGGGUAAAGUGCCUAUGCAUAGAUAAUAAACAGAAUAGCAGCAGCGAUUUGUGUGUGUGUGUGUGUGUGUGUGUGUGUGUGUGUGUG